AUGGCAGGAAAAGGCAAAUCAAAGGAAAUUAUGCGAGCAGUUCGUGAAGAGGCUGACAAUCAAGAGCGCGAGCGCGAGCGCAUGACUAUGUCUACACGACGUAGGCGAGAGGCUGAGAGAGCUGGUGAAGCCAGAUCAUCAGUUGCGCAUCCCGAUGUUGGGUCUUCUCGUGCUAUGGAGGAGGAGGAUGUUGUGGACCUCGUUCACGAGACUGAGGUUGUAGCUCGUGGAGGUCGUGGAGGCCGAGCACGGGGCCGUGGAGCUCGUGGUGGUCGAAGUCAUACUCGAGUCAAUCCGCAUGUGCUAGAUGAUCCAUUUCCCGGUGGCCCGUGGGAUCCGUCUUUGAUUCCGAGUAUCAAGUCGCACGUAGCGACAUAUAUUUGGAGGGGAGAAGAACGUCCGGUUGGACAAGUGGAGUCCCGUAUCAACUCCCUGAACAAUUUCAACUACGAGAAGAUAAUAGCUGCCCUAGAAGACAUAAAUAUAUCCGCAGACAAGCAUUUUCUGCGGAUGACCGGUUUGUAUCCCCUAGCCCGAUGUUAUUUACCGCGCAUAGAUGGUCCGCUGUUGUUUGCAUUCGUGGAGCAGUGGCAGCCGGAGACGAACAACUUCCAUAUGCCGUGGCGAGAGAUGACUAUCACUCUCCACGAUGUCGAGAGUAUUCUAGGUGCCAAUAUGGAGGGACGGGUGGUCACGCCUAGGUACGACGAGGUCAUCGAGCGGACAAACAGCGUGUAUUUGUUGUCCGAUGUAUUAAACCUCGAUUUUGAGGAGAUUGACGAGUCAUGGAAGCAUGGGGGCCCCACAUGGAGGAUGAUACAGAGACAGUUGUUGAUGCCCUACACGCCCAUGAGACGCCGAGUUCAGAUAUGUCUGGUGUUUCUCCUCGAAUCGAUUUUAUUCCAUGACAAGACAUGUGAUUGGGUGAAGCCGUGGUAUAUGCACGUGCUCGAGGAUUCAGUGCUUGAUCAGGUCUGCACGUAUUCGUGGGGUUCGGCAUGUUUGACCAAUCUAUACAGGGAGCUGGGUAUAUGCAGUCGAGCACAGUCGAGGAGCUUGGCGGGUUGCACCACCCUUCUUCAGUGUUGGAUAUACGACGACGCUUAA